UUGUGUCAAUUGUCAAAUUUGACAAUUAAGUUGAAAAUCAGGAAAUGCUAUUUCUCGAAGCGAAAAAGGUUAUAAAAACAUUGGGUUAUCAUUUUUGCAGAUUUAUGUAACAUAAUUAUUUAGUUUAUCUAGAUUCAGUAGUAAUAGUAUGACUGCUUUAUCUUUCCUGAAGUCCACCAAGGGCAAGGUUAUACUGGCGACUGUGGCCGCGCUUCACAUUACGAUAUUAGUGGCUAAACCUUCGUUUUUCAAGAGUGAAAAAAACGUUUUACCUACGUCUACGCCACCCAAAUACUUGCCAGACAAAUAACGUGGCCUUGACGCUUAGCACAAGAAACGCGGAAUAAUUUACUUUAUAGAUUCAUGAAUUAUAAAAGAAUAGCGACACUAUCAAGUAGUUUAGUCUGUCGGGGUCAUUUUGUGAGAAACAUGAGCGAGUCGGGAAAAUAUAAUGUGUAUAUUACACGCUCUGACAUGCCACAAGUUGGUGUGGAUCUGCUAAAGAAAGAGUGCAAUGUAAAACUCUGGGAGAAACCAUCACCGGUUCCAAGAGCAGAAUUCUUAAAAUCCGUAGCAGGAACAAAUGGAAUCUACUGCUCUUUAACCGAUAAGAUUGAUAAGGAGUUGCUGGACGCUGCCGGCCCAGGGCUCAAAGUGGUGGCCACAAUAUCGGUGGGAUACGAUCACAUUGACGUUCAGGAGUGCCGAAAGAGAGGCAUCAAGGUUGGGUACACACCAGACGUACUGACUGAUGCUACAGCUGAACUUACGCUAGCUCUACUCCUCUCAACAUCAAGGCGCCUUCCUGAAGCCCAGCAUGAAGCCAGAACAGGAGGCUGGGUCUCUUGGGCACCCACCUGGAUGACUGGCCCAGGUCUUGCUGGAGCAGUUGUAGGAAUCGUCGGAUUCGGACGCAUAGGUCAAGCUGUUGCAAGAAGAGUCAAAGCGUUUAACACUUCCAAAAUUCUCUACUUCAACCGUAGUGAACGAUCAGAGGCUAAGGAAAUAGGAGCUGAAAAGGUUGACUUUGAUCAGCUGCUAAGUGAAAGUGACUUUAUCAUCUGCUGUGCAGCUCUUACACCAGAAACAAAAGAAAUGUUCAACAAAACUGCUUUUGAGAAGAUGAAGAAGACAGCCAUAUUUGUAAAUACCAGUCGAGGAGGCACUGUAGAUCAAGAUGCACUAAUAGAGGCCCUGAAAACCAACCAAAUAAGAGCAGCUGGUUUGGAUGUCACCACUCCAGAACCUCUGCCUUUAGAUAACCCAUUGUUCAAAUUGAAGAAUUGUGUAGUUCUACCCCACAUUGGCAGUGCCGCUAUUGAAGUCAGGAAUACCAUGAGUGAGCUGACAGCUCAGAACAUCUUAUCUGCUUUGAAAAGCAAAGAAAUGCCAGCUGAAUUGAAUUAACUUUGAAGUUUAACAUGUUUUCUAGCUAAUGUAUUAUAAUGUGUAUUUAUUAUUUUAUUGUUGUAAUUAAAUUACAACAUGUAUUAUCAAACAUAUUUAAUAUGUACAGCAAAAGAAAUAACAAUAAAUAGCUUAAACUGAGUCACAAUUUUACUGUUUAUCAAUCAUUAUGCUCAUGCUGAGCCUCCGAUUCCCUCCAGUUAUU